ACGAACGAUGCUCUGUUGCUCUUCCCCUCUUCCUUUUUUCUUUUAGUCAGCUAAAUAGCGAAAUUGAGAAUCGAUAGCUGCGUGCGUCUAGGGUUUAGAUUUAUCAAGAGAAUCAUCGUCGCUUCGAAUCCCCCCCGAUUUCACUUUUCUUCGCAGAUUUGAACAAUCUCUUAUGAUUCGAUAGAUCUCUCUCUGUGUGCUAUCGCGGAACUGAUUCACUUGAGAUUUGUUUGUUCUGAGCUCAAAAUCAAACACGAUUCGUAGCAUCUCUGCCUCCGUUCUCGUUCACUGAUCUGAUUUUGCAGCCAAAAUGGUGGAGUCCGAUGAUGGGGUUGAUUUCAAGGCUUAUAGUCCGAUUGAGAGUUCUCUGUUUUCCUUUCAAUGUAUUUGGUCUACGAAGAAGAAGAGAAGUUUGAAAUUAGUCAAGUCCAAAGAGUUUAGCAGGAAAGAGGAGAGAGAGGGAGGCAUGAGGCCGCGUCCUGUGAUAUUCAGAGUCUAUAGUAGGAAAAGGAAGCGGCUUUUGCGUGUGGGUAGUGUUGAAGGCAGUGACGGAGUUGAAGUUAUUCUUACUGAAGCACCAUCUCAUGAGAAACUGCAACACUCUGUAGAUGAUGAUGUUGGUGUUGUAUUAGGUGACUGGAUUAAACAAAAGAGGAGGUUCAGGUUGAAGAGUGGGGAAGAUAAGCGCAUAGACUCCGAGGUGAUGACUGCGUCUGUAACGAAAGUGGAACCUUUAGAAGAUGAUACAAUAUUGCCUAGUUGGAGUCCUGGAAGAUUCACGGGUAAAAGGAAGAACAGACGCAGAGUAGGACCUGAUGUUAAAUCUGAGAUGAAGUCAACGGCUGUUAUGAAAGUGGAACCUUCUGUAGAUCAUGGAAGAUCCACUGGUAGAAAGAGAGACAGACACCAAAUAGAACUUGAAGAAGAUGUGGCUUGGGAAGAAGAACUUCAAAUGAUUUCUAAGAUCCAGGCAACAAAGCGAAGAAGAAGAAGAGGUUCCCACAGUCCAGAGCAUGUCACACGUGCUAGUGGAUCACGUUCACGUUCGCCAGAUUCAGAGGUGUCAGAUUCCCUUCUGAAAAAUGGGUGUUCUGAUGACCCUGAAAGCAUGAAAAGUUCUUCAAAGGAAUCUAAGGAACGCAUUGCCAUUUGCCAUCAGUGUUUGAAAGGGGACAGGAUAACACUUCUCGUUUGCAGUGAAUGUGAAGAGACUAUGUAUUGUCUUCAAUGUAUAAGGAAAUGGUAUCCACAUCUAUCUGAGGAUGAUAUCGUUGAUAAAUGUCCUUUUUGCCAAAAAAAUUGUAAUUGCAACAGAUGCUUACAUUUGAAUGGUUUAAUCGAGACAACGAAGAGGGACCUCGCGAAUUCUGAAAGACGCCAUCAUCUCCAAUACUUAAUUGCUUUGAUGCUUCCAUUUUUGAAUAUGUUAUCCGAGUCCCAGAAUCAAGAGAUUGAAACUGAGGCAAAGGCUCAAGGAUUACAGCCUUUUGAAGUUGACGUAACUAGCGCAGUGAGCUACUGUGAUGAACGUGUAUACUGUGAUCAUUGUGCAACUUCAAUUGUUGACUUGCACCGGAGCUGCCCAAAGUGCUCUUUCGAGCUUUGUUUGAACUGUUGUCAAGAGAUUCGCGAAGGUUCUAUGUCCCAACGCCCUGAAACGAAGCUGCAGUAUGUUAAUAAAGGAUACAAGUACAUGCAUGGUUUAGAAAUGGAACCGAGCUCCUCUUCUGUUUCCGAGGAGGAUGAAGAAGCUAACAGAUUCGCAAAGUGGAAUGCUGGUUCCGAUGGAAGCAUCCCUUGUGCACCAAAAGAGCUAGGUGGUUGUGGUGAUUGUAUGUUGGAGCUUAAGCGAAUCCUACCACAGAACCGGAUCUCAGACUUGGAACAAAAGGCAGAGGCUUUCUUGGCAUCAUACGAUAACAGCCCUCGAGUGUUGAAAUGUAAAUGUUCUGCCUUGGAGACAGAUAUGACAAGGAAAACAGCUUCUAGGAAUGGAUCAAGCGACAACUACUUGUUCUGUCCACGAUCUCUUGAUGUUUUGAAGGAAGAAGGGCUUCUGCAUUUUCAAGAGCAUUGGAAAAAGGGUGAACCGGUAAUCGUUGGGAACGCUCUUGAUAACACCCAUGGUUUAAGCUGGGAGCCGAUGGUUAUGUGGAGGGCGUUAUGCGAAAAUUUGGAUUCAACAGCAAGUUCUAAGAUGUCUGAAGUGAAAGCUAUUGAUUGUUUAGCUAAUUGUGAGGUGGAGAUCAAUACUCGUCAUUUCUUUGAAGGUUAUAGCAAAGGAAGAACAUACGGAAACUUCUGGCCUGAGAUGUUAAAGCUAAAGGACUGGCCUCCUUCUGAUAAGUUUGAAGAUCUUUUACCUCGUCACUGUGACGAGUUCAUAUCCGCAUUGCCUUUUCAAGAAUAUAGCGAUCCUAGAACCGGGAUUCUGAACAUUGCAGCAAAGCUUCCUGAAGGACUUAUCAAACCAGAUUUGGGUCCGAAAACGUACAUUGCCUACGGGAUUCCAGAUGAGCUUGGUAGAGGUGACUCCGUGACUAAGCUUCACUGCGAUAUGUCAGACGCGGUUAAUAUUCUGACGCAUACAACUGAGGUAACAUUAAGUCAAGAACAGAUAUCUGCAGUCAAAGACCUGAAGCAGAAACACAGAGAACAGAACAAGCUAGAGGAACAGGGCACCGAAGACGAUGGCAUUGCCUGCGGCCGUGAGGAAGAAGGAAUGAACAUGCCAGAGAUUCUGAGCUAUGAAAAACAGCAGAAUCAUGACGAAACAGGAAGUGCUCUUUGGGACAUUUUUAGGAGAGAAGAUGUUCCAAAGUUAGAAGAGUAUCUAAGAAAGCAUUGCAAAGAAUUUAGACACACUUUUUGUUGUCCGGUUACAAAGGUUUAUCACCCGAUACACGACCAGUCAUGCUAUCUAACCGUAGAGCAUAAAAGAAAACUCAAGGCGGAGUUUGGGAUCGAACCAUGGACAUUUGUGCAAAAGCUAGGAGAAGCUGUGUUUAUUCCUGCGGGUUGCCCUCAUCAAGUCCGUAAUCUAAAGUCGUGCACUAAAGUUGCAGUUGACUUUGUGUCACCAGAGAACAUCCAUGAGUGUCUACGUCUUACCGAAGAGUUUCGUCAACUUCCCAAGAACCACAAGGCCAGAGAGGACAAACUUGAGGUAAGUAUUUUCUCUCUUUACCAUUCUUUUUCUUGUUUACGUGUUUUUGUGAGCUUAUUUAUUGCACAUUUUUAGUCUGAUAUCUGGAUCAAGUUAGGAGGGAUGGGCAUUUGAACCAAACCAAUUUACAUGAAACACAAAAUUAUUUUAGAAUGGACCCCACAUCAAUUUGAACCGUAAUCUAACAAAAAUGACCAAAUUUUUAUUUUCAAAAUAAAUAAAUUAAUUUGUAUUUGAAAUAUACUUUAAUGAUUCUUUUGGAACACCAAUUAGACGGAGAGAAUCUCGCCAAAGUGAUAAACGAAGACAACUAAAUCAUAAAAAAAAAUAGAUGUGGUAAAUCAGAGAAGAAAUCCGUAGAGAAACUUCACUUUGUAUAUGAAGCCGACCUUCGAAUUAACAGAAUGAAGUAAAAAAAACUGAUGUUGAAGUACCCAUCUAAUGGGGUUUGAGAUCGGUGGUAGACGUCUCGAAUGGUGCUAGGAUCUCUGGAGAGAGAGAGAGGUGGUGGAUGAUUCUCCAUAAAUUUUCCUUGGUAAAAAAGAUGGAGCACAAAACUCCAGUUCUAAAGAACUCAGCAGGAGAGUAGCAAAUGUAGCGCAACGAAGGAUAGGACGGACGUAAAUCAUGAACUUUGGCUCUAAAGAGCUUGUCGGGAAAGACAUUGAACUUAACAAGGAGCCUCAUCGUAACAGUUCUAGACUUGAUAUUGAUGUGCGGCUGCGAAGAAGCCGGUGAAGCUGCAAGGUUUGGGGUUGAUAGUGCAAAUGCAAAGGAGAGGGUCGGAAUAGUUUGUGUACAGAUGUUCUUUCAGUACAAGUAUUCUUAAUGGGCCUUGUUGUGUUAGUAGGCUUUGAAGAUGGGACUUGAGAGACCCAACCAUGAGCCAAGCCCACACACGUACGAAGGAGAGUGAAUCUCGAGGAGUCAGGCUGAAGCACAAUGGAUGUGAGAAGGUAGGAGAAGAGCGGAGCAAAUCCAAACUGUGAUGAAAGCAGAGCCAGCACCACCAAGGACUGUCGCAGUCUGAGACGGUGUGAAAUGCUGGAGGCGCAGCGAAGUAUAGAAAAUGAGAUCUGGUGAGUGAGACCACGAGCUUAGUAGAUCCAGCGUUUCCACUUGGACUGAGAGGAGCGGCGAUGAGGAGUGGAGUAGGAGUGGCGGCAAUGACAAGAUGAGCCGGAGAGACAGUGAUGACGAGGGAAGCAAGAAAUGUAGCGAUGAAGUGAGAAACAGGAAAGACGGAAGCAAUGAGAGGAGCAGUGGCGGCGGCGGCGACUACAUAGGAUAAUAUUCUGCAUAUUUCUUAGUUAGUACAUGUAUUUAGAUAGGAUAAUAUUCUGCAUAUUUCUUAGUUAGUACAUGUAUUUGAUGAAGGUGCUAUAUAUUCAUUCCAUUCUUCUUUGAUAUAUAUUCACAGGGCAUGCCAUUUAAUGUUUUUAUUUGUAUUAUUUUUGUAACAGAUAAAGAAGAUGGUGAUCUAUGCGAUCGAGCAAACUCUCAAAGAAUUUGAAAUGUUAUCGGAAGAGGUCAAACCAAUGCUCCAAUAGUUGAAGACUGCUUUUUGGAAAGUGCGGUCUGGCCAAGAAGGCAUAGCUAUCUAUAUAAGCUACUUUAUUGUGCCUUAGCUGUGUAGGGAGGGACUUGGAUUCUGUAUACAUAUUAAAAGAAAAAGAUGUAAGCUCUAUGAUAAGAUAAGCAAAACAACAUUGUUAGUUUGUCAUCUUAUAUAUAAUUAGAGUUUUUUUUAUUCC